GGAUCCAACUACUGAAAUAUUGUUAAUACAGGAUUCAUAUUUCGACCGCCGCGCCUCCGACUGAAAACCUGCCAAAACCCAAAUCAAUAAACCUGAGCAGUUACAUAUGUGGUGAUGAACAUGAACAUUCAAUUAUGCAUCAAUUUCUGCAUUCCCAAAUCUUCCGUGCAAUCCGCCCCCAACAUUUAACUGCCAAAUCAAACUUCUCCUCAUUUUCCGACCAUGCUCUCGACGAUUCCAUCUCGAAUAAAGUGCUCGCCCUCAUCAACUCUCAACGCCCCAUCGAACCCGCUCUCGCCGUGCUAUCUCCGUCGCUCAAUCGCCAAGUCGUCAUUUCAGUCCUCCAAUCUCAGGCCCGAUUGAACAAGGAACCACUGAUCAGCUUCCGAUUUUUCAUCUGGGCUUCCGAUACGGCGCACCUGCGAAGUAGCUUCUCCAAUAAACUGAUGUUUGACAUGCUUUUGAGCAGCGGGAAUGUGAAUUCGUUGGAUUCGUGCUGGGGCCUUCUUGAUGAGUUGAGGAAUGAGAAGAUGAGCGUUUCCGCAGAUGCGUUUGCGGUCUUGAUUUUGGUUUAUUGGAGACUGAAAAACGCGGAGAAAGCGGUGGAUGCAUUCGGUAAGAUGAAGGAUUAUGAUUGUAAGCCGAAUUUAUUUGCUUGCAAUGUUAUUCUUCAUGUUUUGGUUAAGGAAAAUGCGAUAUUAUUAGCACUCGCUGUUUAUAACAUGAUGAUUAAGUUGAAUAUUGAUAUGGGAUGCGAUACGUUCAACGUUUUGAUUGAUGGGCUGUGCAAGAAUGGGAUGACUGAGGCUGCCCUCAAUCUGUUUGAAGAAAUGACUGACAGAGGGAUUCUGCCAAAUAGGAUAACAUACACAGUGGUAAUAUCAGGGUUGUGCAAAACAAAGCGGACUAGUGAUGCAUAUAAUCUGUUUAACGAGAUGGUGAGUAGUGGAUGUGAACCUGAUUCUGCUACAUGCAACACUUUGAUUGAUGGUUUCUGCAAGCAAGGCCUGAUCGAUGAGGCCUGCGUGCUCUUGAAAUCAUUUCAUGACGACAAGUAUGAUGUUGGGAUAAAGGGGUUUAGCUGUCUGAUUGAUGGGUUGGUGAAAGCCAACAGGUUUAGUGAGGCAGAGGUGUUGUUUCAGAAAGUUAUUCAGGUAGGGUUAGACCCCGACAUUGUCUUGUACACUAUCAUGAUGCGUGGAUUGAGUGAUGCUGGAAGGAUGAAUGAUGCAGUUAGUAUGUUGAGGGAUAUGCUACGGAGAGGCAUAGUUCCCGACACUCAAUGUUAUAAUGUGUUGAUCAAAGGGUUCUGCGAUUUAGGGUUGUUAGAUGAUGCUGAAUCUCUCAAGCUAGAGAUUUCUCGGAACAAUCAGAUCCCUAACAUGUACACUUUCACGAUUCUUAUCCGAGCUUUCUGCAGAAACGGUCUGCUGGUAGAGGCUCAGCAGAUUUUUAAUAGCAUGGAGAAGCUAGGAUGUUCUCCUUCUGUUGUGACGUUCAAUGCCCUGAUUGAUGGGUUGUGCAAGGCAGGGAAGCUCGAGGAAGCACAGCUAAUGCUGUAUAAAAUGGAAGUUGGGAGGAGCCCAUCAUUGUUUCUUCGCCUUUCUCAAGGUGCUGAUCGCAUCCUUGAUACUGCAAGCCUACAGAAGAAAGUUGAAGAUAUGAUGGAGUCUGGCUCGGUUUUGAAUGCUUACAAGCUUCUGAAGAAGCUUGCUGCCAGCGGGGUCGUCCCAAAUGUGGAGACGUACAACACUUUGAUCUAUGGCAUGUGCAGCGCGGGGCACAUCAAUAUUGCUCUUAAGCUCUUGGAGGAACUCCAGCUCAAGGGCUUGUCACCGGAUUCUGUGACAUAUGCAACACUCAUAUAUGCGCUCCUAAAGGUUGAUAGAGAUGGUGAUGCGUAUAAGCUCUUUGAACAGAUGAAUGCAAAUGGAUGCAAACCUAGCUCGUCCGUGUAUAAAACAUUCAUGAGUUGGUCUAGCAGGAAGAAGCAGAUGUCUGUCACCAUUAGUUUCUGGUUAAAGUACUUGAAGAGCCGAGCUGGUGUGAAGGCCGAAGUAUUACAAUCAGUUAAAGAAUGUUUCGAGAAGGAUGAAUUUGAGCAAGCUGUGAGAAGCUUACUUGAGAUGGACAUCAAGUUGGCAGAUUUUGAUUCAACAUUAUAUGACAUAUGGCUGACCGGACUUUGCCUAGCUAAACAAGUAGAGGAGGCUCAGAAGGCGUUUGAUGCUCUUGAGGAGUUCAACGUGCCCGUUUCUCCCCCUUCGUGUGUGCUGGUGAUUCGCGCUCUAUGCUUCAAAAGAGAACUCAAUAAAGCGGUCGAUGUCUUUCUCUACACCCUGCAGAAAGGCUACAGACUUAGACCACAGCUCUGUAACAGUUUAGUCGUGUCGCUUCUCAAAUCUAAGGAUAAAGUGAUAGUUGCUUUGGAGCUUCUUGACAGAAUGAAAUCUGCUGGUUAUGAUCUGAACUCUCAUCUUUAUCCAAGAACAAAAUCUCUUUUGCCCCACAUUUAUAGUUUGCUGAAAGUGGACAACGCAGCAGCUUCAUAGUUUUAUUGUACAAUUUGAAUCAUUCUGAUAGAUUUGGUGUUAGUUUCUUCUCUUAGCUUUACAAUUUUUGGGUAAUGGAGGCUGACAGAUGUUUUGAAUGCUGAGAAAAUGAUAGGAGUGAUUGGCAAUUCCACAUCUCAUUUUUGUAGCUCUGUAUCUAAUAUUCCCUCAUUGUGUUGUAUGAAAUAAGGACACAGGUUUUUUUUUGACA